AUGGAAACUCCUAUUUACAGUCAUUUGACAGAAAGAGAUUAUGAAAAUGUGUACGAACCAUCGGAAGAUACAUUUUUAUUGUUAGACGCAAUUGAAAACGAUUUGCAAUAUAUUGAAAAUAUACUGCAACCUAAUGUUUGUUUAGAAAUUGGGAGUGGGAGCGGAAUAAUAAUAACUUCAUUAGCAAAAAGGUUACAUAAGUUUUCAGUGUGUCUAGCUACAGAUAUAAAUAACUAUGCGUGUCAAAUGACCAAAAAAACUGCUGCAAAAAAUUUUACUCAUGUUGAUGCAAUUAACACAAAUUUGGCAGAUUGUUUUAGAAAUAACAUAUUUGAUUUGGUAAUUUUUAACCCCCCGUAUGUGGCAACGUCUGAGGAAGAACUCGAGAACAAAGAGAAAAAUCCAUUGGUUUUCACAUGGGCUGGCGGAACUGACGGCAGAUUGAUUAUUGAUUUAUUUCUUAAUAGUUUGCCUGACAUUUUAUCUAAAUCUGGCGUUGCUUAUUUGCUGUUGUUAAAAGAAAAUAAACCUCACGAAAUUAUAAACGCUUUAAAUAAACGGAAUUUUGUUGCAAGUAAAUUGAUGGAAAGACGCAUUCCUGGUGAACGUUUGUGUGUUAUUAAAAUAAUAAAUAGAUAGCAUUGAUUUUAAACUAAAAUUUUAACAUAUUUAAUAGGUAUAUACAUAUAUUAAAAUUUUAAGAAAAAUUAUAUGAAAUAAAUUGAAAAUUCCUGUUUUCGUAUUAAA